CGGUGUGGUCUGUGUGCGCAACGCUUGGGAGGGGCGGUUAGGCGAAGUGUGUGGAGAACGUUGCGACAAUAGCGAGUGGUGGGUUUUGGGAGAGGACUUGUGCGUGACAGUCAAGUCCGUCAGCGGUCUUCUCGGCGGGGAGAAGAAAGAGAAGAGGAGCAGGAGCAAGGGGGAAUGAGAGAUGGGGAUGGGGCCUGGGAGGGGUAGGGGCCGAGGCAAAACAAAAAGCACCCGCGUCGACUCGCCGAUUGUAGGUGGUGGGUAUAAGAGAGGCCGGUGCUCUGACGCUAUGAAAGAUAUGGAGAGUCCCGAGUCUAGCAAGAACACGGCAGCAUCGACAGGCAUGACGAAGCUGCAACACACCAAGAGCGUGGACAGCGGGGCUAACUCUUCCCGUGCCUCUCAACGGUUAAAGAUCAAACAGUCCGUUUGCGAGAACGUGCUCAAGAGAUUAGCUGAACUAGGUUACGAUGGCGUGCAUACGGCGGAAUUCACCGAGCAGAUGCACGCACACUUUCACCGGCUCCCAACACGAUAUGCUCUUGAUGUCAAUGCAGAAAGAGCUGAAGAUGUGCUCACACACAAGAAUUUGCUGGAUCUUGCGCAAUAUCCGGAAAAUCAGCCUGUAUUCUUCGUCAGACCUGUGCAUGUUCUACCUGUUUGGGCACACGAUGAGAUGGAAACGUCAGGAGAUUCAUCAACAUAUGAUUCGUUCGAGGAGGAUCGGCAAUCGAGCUUAGCAACGUCGAAAAUGAUGCCACAGAAAUUAAGAUUCCCCCCUCCGGCGUUUGGCUCGUCGCCGAAUCUGGAGGCGCUAGCUAUGGACAUGAACAAGCUGACUGCCACGAGCCAUCAUGACCUGACAAGCGGGCGGCCUCAUGUUCCGAUGCAUGAAGUAACGUUCUCAACGAUAGAUAAGCCAAAGAUUUUAAGUCAGAUUUCUGCUAUCCUUGCGGAUGUUGGUCUCAACAUCCGUGAAGCGCACAUCUUCUCCACAAUUGACGGCUAUUCAUUGGAUGUAUUUGUGGUGGAUGGUUGGGGCACAGAGGGUACAACUGAUCUGUUGCAAGCAUUGAAGUGCUCUGUAGCGUGCUUGGAGAAGGGGAUGUGGGCAAGGAGUGCUGGUCCAUCGCCUUCAGCUUCCCCUAUGCACAGCACAGUGCCUGUGACUUCUCCUCCAUCCAAUGUCAGCAAUGAUGACUGGGAACUCGACAACAGCCAGCUGAAGGUUGUAUCAAAGAUCGCGUCGGGAUCCUUUGGAGAUCUGUUCAAAGGAACCUACUGUGGGCAAGUCGUUGCCAUCAAGUUUUUGAAACCUGAGCGCAUGAGUGACACUUCCCAGAAGGAGUUUGCGCAGGAAGUUUUCAUCAUGAGGAAAGUAAGGCACAAGAAUGUCGUGCAGUUCAUUGGGGCCUGCACAAAACCACCGAACCUCGCAAUUGUUACAGAGUACAUGUCCGGGGGCAGUGUGUACGAUUACCUCCGAAAGCACAAGGUCGCGCUUCGGCUGCCCUUGAUUCUCAAGAUCGGGAUUGAUGUCGCAAGAGGAAUGGAUUACCUCCAUCAGAAUAACAUAGUCCAUAGAGAUCUGAAAGCAGCAAACCUGCUUCUGGACGAGAACGAGGUGGUCAAGAUUGCUGACUUUGGCGUGGCAAGGAUCAAGGUUCAUAAUGGAAUAAUGACUGCUGAAACCGGGACAUACCGAUGGAUGGCACCUGAGGUGAUUGAGCACAGGCCUUAUGACCACAAAGCUGAUGUUUUCAGCUUUGGGAUCGUCCUUUGGGAGCUGCUGACUGGCAAGAUACCUUAUGUGGAUCUCACACCCCUGCAAGCUGCGGUUGGGGUGGUGAACAAGGGGCUAAGACCAGCGAUACCCAAGAACUGCCAUCCGCGAGUCAUGGACAUUAUGGAGGCCUGCUGGCGCACCAACCCAGCAGAGAGACCGGAGUUUUCGGAAAUAUCGAGGAUGUUGCAGGACACAGCAAAGGAGAUCGACGAUGAGGGGGAGGGGGAGAGGAAGCGGGAGAAGAAAAGCCCAGGCUUUUUCUCAUUCAAGCGGACUUCCACAAGCACACGGUGAAUGGAAUCACUUAGAAUCGGUGAUGGUAAGUUGGUUGGCUUUGACUCUAUGGAGUGUAUGCCUUCAAGCUGCGGAGGGCGAGGAGUCCAUCGUCCUUAGCAUUCUGUCGUCCUUGAUGCAUUGGUUAUGACAUUGUGAUGUAUUGAAGAGGAUUGGAAUGCAAUUGUGCGGCUGUCGCAGUUUCCUAUCUGUCAUGAUUGCCUUCAUGGUUCAUCGUCUUAUACAUUGCAGAACAAGGGGAAAGGGGGGAACCAAAGGGUGGUGUUGGUAGGGAGGAUGGGAGAAUUAUCCAACGAAAGCAGGUUUGCGGUGGCGGUGUUCCAGUGCACAAGAUUGAGUUGGCAUGGAAGGCAGGCAACGAGGUGUUGGUUGGCCUGUCGACAGGGAGACGAGUCCAACGAAAGCGAGGUUUUGCGGAGGUCGUGGUCUGAUGAACGGCAGACAAGGAGGUGCUGCUUUGGGCUUACUUUUCAGCAGUUGGGAGAUUGUGGAAUGACAUCUGAUGACCAAGCCUGAGUGAGAAGAUGGGAAGGUUGGUGAGUAAGAUGGGUCAAAUGUGCCUGAGAGCGCAUGAGGAGUGGAUGGCUUACUCGCUGGGUCGGAGAUGAGGGAUCUUGCGGAGUAAGGUGGAGAUUGUGGGAUCAUGUCCAUCAGUGAAGGCGGAGAUGGUGGGAGGGAUGAUGUGUGACGAUGAAAACCUGAGUGAGAAGAUGGGAAGCUAGGUGAGAAAGAUGUUUCAGUUGGUGUCUUCGCAGACUAGUGCUUUGCACAAUUGAGGAGAGAAGAGGAAGGCUGUAGACUGGAGGAAGAUGGAGGUCUCGGUUGGCAGCAAAGUUCUUAUGCCAGAGGAGGCAAGGGCGCGGAUCUUGCCGAGGAAGACAGCGAUGAUGUGAUGAUGUCCAGUGGUGAAAGGUAGGGAUGGUGGGAUAAUGUCUGAUUGUGAAAACCUGAGCGAGACGAUGGGAAAGUGGAAGGCUCGUGGUUUAAAGUUUAAACCUGAGGUCUAUUGGUGUCUUUGCGGAUUUGGGUUUUGCGAGAUUGAGGGGAAGUGGAAGGGUGUAGUCUGGGGGGAAGAUGGAGGUGUCGGUUGGCAGAGUUGUUUCUUAUGUCGGCGCAGAAAAGCGCUCGGAUCUUGCUGAGUAAGGCGGAGAUGGUGGGACGAUGUCUGAUGGGAAAAACCUGAGCGAGAGGACGGGAAGAUAGGUGAGAAAACUGUGUCAAUUGGUGUCUUCGCAGAUUAGAGCUUUUGUGCAAAUGAGGAGAAGUGCAAGGCUGUAGUCCGGGGAAAGACGGAGGUGUCAACUGGCAAGGGCUCACACUCAAUGAAGGGCAACAUAGCGCUGAGACUUUGAUAGACCAGAAUUGAAGAUAUGCAAGAGAUUGGUGUACGGAGAAUUUGUUUGACACUUUCUUUUCUUAUAUUUUGUUCGUUUUCUUUCUUUUUCAGAGGAGAAUAGAAGUAUGAGUGCAUGAGAGCAUGAGAGGUGGGGAGGAGAGAAAGAUGGAGAGGGGCGUUGGCUUCCGUUUCACCGCAACCUGUGCCACGUGGUGGUAUAUUCUGUUGGAGGUGACGAAGAUCGCAAGAGGACAGUUGGGAGAUUAUCGGGGAUGAGCCAAAAUCAUGCCAGUGCCAACAUCAUCAUUUUGACCAGAAACAGAAGGAAAAGAGAGAGGCUUCGCUGCAGCAUUUUCAACCGAUUUAUAGGUCCGACUUUGACACUAGGCAUGAGGCUUUCGUGCUUCAGACAGCUUCCCUUUUCAUGUUGGCUUCAUCCUUUCUGUAAGACCUCAGCCUAGAGGCAAACAUUUGAAAACUGUGCAGUUUGAGCACGA